AGAUGCCGUAGCCAGUAUACUCUUCCUCAAAAUAGUCAGAAUUAAUCUAAGAUAACUAAAUAAAUCUGUCAUUGGUUUGAAGUUUUUGCCGAAGAGAUCUUAGUUGCAUAAUUUUACAUCUAAGCUGUUUGGUGGUAUUUUUCAGCCGAAAAAGUCAGCAAAUAAUUAAUCUUGACGAUAACAUCGUUCAGAUUAUUUCAGUUAUCAGUUGGCAUGUCCAGUGAACAAUGAUUCUGCUUUAUGUGUUGUUGUUUUUUGAAGGGUGUGAACCAUCCAAGACAAUUGUGUCGGCAGCUUUAUAAAACUGGAAUUGUUUUCUGCUGGAAAAUGUUUGUGUGCGCAACUCCCUUUUCAGUUGCACUGCCAUCGCAGAUUUACAGUGGGGGGGAGGGGGUGAAGAUGAUGUCUGACGCCAGUGAGAUGUUGGCAGCCGCCUUGGAGCAAAUGGAUGGGAUCAUAGCAGGCUCCAAGGCCAUGGACUACUCCAAUGGGCUGUUUGACUACCAGUCGCCCACCUCUCCCUUCCUGGGAAGCCUGCGGGCGCUGCACCUGCUGGAGGACCUGCGGGCGGCGCUGGAGAUGAUGGACCAGGAUGAGAGGGAGGGCCUCCGCUGCCAGGUCCCUGACACCACCGCCGACGGCCUAGUGGAGUGGCUGCAGCAGGGACAACUGACCAACGGACAUGGUUCCGCCAUGAUCUACCAGGAACGACUGUCACGGGUGGAGAGCGAUAAGGAGUGUCUCGUCCUCCAGGUGAGUGUUCUCUCAGACCAGGUGGAGGUGCAGGGGGAGAAGAUCAGGGAUCUGGACAUGUGUCUGGAGGAGCACAGAGAGAAACUCGACGCCACUGAAGAAACGCUGCAGCAGGAGCUGUUGAGCAGGUCGACCCUGGAGACCCAGAAGCUGGAGCUGAUGACCGAGGUGUCCAGUCUGAAACUGAAGCUGACCAGUGUGGCGAGAGAUCUCAGGGAUAGUGAGGGGUUGUACCAGGAAGUCAAUGACCUGCGGUUCAGGGUGACUGAUAUGGAGAAUGAAAGACUGCAGUGUGAGAAGAAACUUAAAUCCACCAAAGAGGAACUGCAAACUCUUCAGAGGCAGCUGGAGGAGCUGAGGAGGCUAAAAGACCAGGCUACACACGGAGUCCUGACCCCAGACAGAACAGAUGGAGAGAAAGAUGUGGAUGUGCUGAGGAUGAAGAGGGCCAUGGAGUCCCUGAUGUCAGCUAACAAUGACAAGGAUCGGAGGAUUGAGGAGCUUCAGGAGUCGAUCACACGGUACAAAAAGGUCCAGGACUUGGUGAAAGACACACUGAGUGAAGACGAUUACGAUGACAUCCAGGAUGACAGAUCCCCCUCCAUUCAGGUCGCCAUGGAUACAGACCAGGCCACCCUGGCAGUUGGGGAGGAGACAGGACGGAGCUGUGACGAGAUUCCAUCUAUUGCAGUGUUUUCAGAGCUGGAGCAGGAGAGACUGAUACAGGAACCAGACAUAGACAGUCCACCAGAAGUCCCACCACAUUCAGCAGGUAGCCUGGGCCACAUAAACAGCAACACAGAGCAGACAACAAUUGAGGAGCCCAGCCCCCCAUCCACCUCCCCAUCAAACCCCACCAGUAAUGAAAGCUUUGGGACCAAGAAGGCCCGCUCCUCCUUUGGACGUGGUUUCUUCAAGAUGCGUGGAGGCAAGAGGACGUCUAGUGCCCCAAAUCUGGAUCGCAGCCGGAGUGCGAGUGCGCCUACGUUGGCUGAGACCGAGCGUAAGGGCACAGACCACUUGGAUUUGGCUGGUGCCCCGCCACACAAACCUCAGGGAGGCGACAGCAGCCAGACCGUACCUUCCUCACCAGAGGCCAAGAAGAAGUCCAGAGGCUUUAUGAAGUUCUUAGGCAGGCUGAAGAGAAGUCACUCCACCUCGCUAGACCUGGAGGAGACCGAGUUCAGGAGGGGAGGAGUCAGAGCCACGGCCGGCCCCCGACUGGGCUGGUCACGUGACCUUCAGCACAGCGCCGAUGAUGUGGAUGCUCCCUUUGCGCAGUGGAGUAAGGAGCAGGUGUGUGUGUGGCUGCAGGAGCAGGGCCUGGGGCUGCAUGUGGCUCAAGCCCAGCAGUGGAUCCGCUCAGGAUUCACUCUGCUGCAGGCCUCCCAGCACGACCUGGAGAAGGAGUUGGGGAUCAAACAGCCCCUCCACAGGAAGAAGCUGCAGUUAGCUCUCCAGGCACUGGGAUCAGAGGAGGAUGUCAGCAAGGCCAAAUUGGACCACAACUGGGUGACCAGAUGGCUUGAUGACAUUGGUCUGCCGCAGUAUAAGAGCCAGUUUGAUGAGGGGAGGGUCGAUGGGAGAAUGCUACACCACAUGACUGUGGAUGACCUGCUGUCUCUAAAGGUGGGCAGUGUUCUCCACCACCUCAGCAUCAAGAGAGCCAUCCAGGUCCUCCGGCUCAACUUCUACGAGCCCAACUGCCUCCGCCGACGGCCCUCUGACGAGAACAACAUCACGCCAGGGGAGAUCUCCCAGUGGACCAAUCACAGAGUGAUGGAGUGGCUGAGAUCAGUGGACCUGGCUGAGUACGCUCCUAACCUGAGGGGCAGCGGUGUGCACGGGGGGGUCAUGGUGCUGGAGCCUCGCUUCAACGUGGAGUCCCUAGCCCUCCUGCUCAACAUCCCUCCCAACAAGACCCUGCUGCGCCGCCACCUGGCCACCCACUUCCACCUGCUCAUCGGCUCCGCUGCCCAGCGCAGCAAACAGGAGUGUCUGGAGAACCCUGACUACACCCUGCUCACUGCCACCGCCAAGGUCAAGCCCAGAAGACUGCCGUUCGGUGGCUUCGGGACCCUGCGUAAGAAGCGCCAGGAGGACAGCGAGGAGUACGUGUGCCCCAUGGAUGUGGAGAUGCCCAAGAACAGCAGCUUCCAGGGGGGCCUGAGGAUCUACGAGGACGACCUGGACCAGAUGGAGGACUCAGAAGGGGCUGUGAGGCAGAUAGGAGCAUUUUCGGAGGAAAUCGACAACCUGACGAGCAUGCUGAAGGAGGAUGAGUUCUUCAGCGAGGUCUCCUCUCGCUCCCCCGAGGCCAGCGUCACCGAUGACGACUCCAACUUGUGAGGGAGGGUCCCCGCCAAUUAAAUGUAUUAACUUAAGAUGACUGACACGGGGUGCUGUUUUGCAGCCACCACACAGCCAUUUUGUUACUCCUCCAUUGUAAAAAAAGAUUUUAGAAGCGCAUUAAUGUCUACAUUUGUUUUUGACAAGUAUAUUCUAUUAGACACCUUUAAUGCAUACUUUGAAAUGAUGUGACCUGAACAUAAAAAUACAAGGUAGUACUAAUGAUACUGUCCCCACUACAACAAACGUUUUAUUGAAGUGCUGUAGAAUUCAUUCCUAUGGAGGAGUGCUCCUUCUGAGGAGUACCAAUAUGGCUGACCGGUGGCUUCAAAGCCUCAUUGGCAGUUACAUAGCAUUAGCAAUCCAGGGUUUAUACACAUCAUUGGCGUCGCCAUGCAAACACCCCCCCACCCCCACACACCUUGAUAAGCUGUCUUCUACAACCUGAGACCACCUAUGCCCUUAGACUUACGUCGUUUCUGCAUUCCAAGGUGAAGUUAUACAUGUGUAUUUAUUUAAGUUGUUGAAAUGUAACGCAUGACUUGAGUUUCAACAUAGGAGCAUUUACUUUAGUGUUACAGAACAGUUUUUUAUAUAUUUGUUUGAAUAUCCACAUGAGUCCCUGUACUUAAAUGGUAUGCCCUUGUCCUGACUUAUUUUUGGAACCCUCUCACUCCUAUUAGCAAUUAUAUAACCUAAAAGAUUGGUCAACUCGCAGUGGGACACUUAGAUCUGAAGUCAAAACAUUGCAGUCUGGCUUAAUCCAUAAUUUCCUCUCCAUGUUCUCUCAUUUGAUGCUCCUAUCUGCAUGUUUUGUCCCAAAGUAAUUCAAUAUUAUCACUUUGUCCUGCCAUGUUGUUGAAUUUUAGGAACAUGGGAUCCCAACGUUCUAGAAUGUAAACACCAGAAAGCAAUAUUGUUUUGCAAGCCCUAACCAUAUCAGUGAACACAAUGUAAUGUACUGUGUACUGUUUCUAUGCAUAAUUUUUGUGAAGAAUUGUCAAUAAAAACAUGGGCUACACGACUGUG